UUCCCUCCAGUUUCCCUGCCUUCGUUUGGCUUCUUUGGGAAAUCUCAGCAUUGACAGACUCUCCCUUUCCACCACCAGCUUUAGCAGUUGGCUUCGUGUCCUGAAGUCACCACUCUGCAUUCCAGAAGACAUUGAUUGCCAAGAGUCUCUUUGUCAGCUGAAUCCCUCUCCCACUGGCUCCUUCUGUUUCUGGGACAUUGGUUCCUUCACUUACUCUUCUGGCACUCACUUGCAUCCUCCUCCUGCAUCUUUCUGGGCAGGAUAGUUGUCCUCAGCCACACUCAGGUCGCAGCCAGCAAUGGACCAGUACAGCCUGAGCAACGAGAGGCCCCUUCCUGAGGAUCUGCACCUGCCCCCCUUCUCCGAGGGCCAGAGCAUCAACUGCAGCGACGCCCUCAGCCGGGACCUGGGGCCUGGCUCCCGCAAUGUGCUCUAUGCAGGCCUGAGCGGGCUGAACCUGGAGCUGGGCCCGGCCGCCCCUGAGGGCCCUAGUGAGGCUCUGGAGGACAACUUGGAUGCCCUGUCGCUCUACUCUGGUAAGAAUAGUGACCCCGCGAAGCUGCUAGAGGAGUGUGCAGACCCCGAGUCCCAGGUGGCCUUGCAGGACCUGGGGCUCAGCAUGCCCAAGGCCCCGAAGGAGGUGGAGGAGGUGGGCCGAGUGGCCUGUGGGAGCAGCCGGAAGGGCCGUCGGCAGCACAGCUCCCCGCAGAACCCGCUGCUGGACUGCAGCCUGUGCGGGAAGGUGUUCAGCAGUGCCAGCUCCCUCAGCAAACACUACCUGACCCACAGCCAGGAGCGCAAGCAUGUCUGCAAGAUCUGCAGCAAGGCCUUCAAGCGCCAGGACCACCUGACGGGCCACAUGCUCACCCACCAGAAGACCAAGCCCUUCGUGUGCAUGGAGCAGGGCUGUGCCAAGAGCUACUGUGACUACCGCUCGCUGCGACGCCACUACGAGGUGCAGCACGGCCUGUGUGUCCUGAAGGAGGUGCCGCUAGAGGAGGAGGUGCUGGGGGACUCGCCCCACACCCAUGAGGCAGCUAGCCUGCGCCCUUUGGGGCCACCGGAGGCCCGCUCGCCCGGGACCCUGCUGCCCAGCCGCGACCUGCUCCGCCGCAUCGUCAGCAGCAUCGUGCACCAGAAGCUACCGUCACCGGGGCCCGCACUGGCCGACAGCGAAGGGAGGGGCGCCCCUGAAGGGCCCCCCAGUGAGGCCCAUGCCCUGCAGAAGGAGCCCACAGAGGCCUUCACUAGCGCCCAUUCCCGGGUUGUGGCGGCAGUGGCAGCGGCAGCCAAUGGAGGCCCUGACCUGGUCGAUAGCGAACCCCUGCCGCUCCCGCUGCAGGCCGCCCUGGACAGCUGGCCUGAUGGCAGCGUUGGCUCCUUGGCUGCCUGCUUGCCCUGCUUCCGAGGCCAGGCCGGGCCCCCUAGCGCUCCACCAGCCAGCCACAGCUUCCAGUGGCUGCGAAAUCUGCCCAGUGGCCCAAAGAGCAAAGCCAACAACGUGCUAGUGGUGCACAAAUCACCAGCGGUGGCGGCUACGCUGGCCUGUGAGACUCUGCAAACUGGCCCGGGGCCCAGUGCCACCUCCCCCAACAGGGAGCCCACAUCCAGCUUGGGUCCCCCUGAGGUGCCCAGGGAGAAGGCGACAGGUGACCCCCGCUAUCCCAGUGGGGAAGAGGACACCUGGGCAGCCAAGAAGAGCAAGUUGGAGGGCGACGCACUGGGCUGGCUGGGUCCCGGGGAGCCUGGCACGCUGCCCCCUGAUGCCACCCCGCUCUUCCGCCAGCUCUUCCUCAAGUCGCAAGAUCCGCCACUGGUGGGGCCUGAGCAUAUGCAGGUACUGCAGAUGCUCGCCAAGUCUCAGCGCCUCUUCUCCCACGCGCAGGCCAGCGCCGGGUCCAGCUCCUGGGCCCAGCAGACCCCGCUCCUGCCACCUCCCACAGCCGCCGAGGUGGUACACGCGGGAGCCGGCAACCCCGAGCCAGAGGGCUCCCCAGCUCGCCGCAGGAAAGGCCCGGCUACCUUCCCCAGAGAGUCCUCCCCGGGCAGCGGCCACCGUGAUGCCAAAGGGGGCACCAAGACGACAGCUGGCAAUGGCCCCCUGACCCUUGGGUCCGUGCUUCCGGACGCCCCUGGGACCCCAGACCUCUCAUCUCUGGCCAAGCAGCUGCGAUCCUCGAAAGGCAACCUGGACCUAGGUGACAUCUUCCCUGCAGGGGCCCCUCGGCAGGCCCCACUCGGUGGGGAUGAGCCCUCUGGAGGACAGCUCAGUGGGAAGCAGGCAGUGGACAGUAGCCUGGGCAAAGCUGACAAGGUCCCAGCCUGCCCCCGUGGCGGCAGCUACCGGCUCCUGUCGGGGAAUCCUCGGGCCCAGCGUUUCUCCGGCUUCCGGAAGGAGAAGGUGAAGCUGGAUCUGUGCUGUGCCGCCUCGCCCAGCCAGGUGGCCAUGGCCUCCUUCUCAUCCCUGCCACCUGCCGACGCCACCCGCGACGCCAAGUCCAAGCUGACCAUCUUCAACCGGGUCCAGGGUGGAAAUAUCUACAGGCUCCCUCACCCGAUAAAGGAGGCCACGGCCAGUGUCUGCAGCCAGCAGAACGGGUCCCCCGGCAGCUGGGCAGAGCCCGGGAGCGCUCACAUCUGCAAGAACUGCAGCCAGACGCUGUCUGCAGACAAGGGGCUGGGCUGCCACCCGUGUCACCACGGAGACCAGUGGAUGUCCCCACAGGGCAAGCUGGAGCCGCAGGUGUUUGGCUCAGAGUCUUGCAAGCCGCCAAGGCAACUGCUGAGGCCUGAGGGGCCCAGGCAGUGCUCCCCAGGAACCAGGAAGAGCCUGGAUGGGAUGGCCCUGGCCCCAGGAGUGGGCACUGCAUCUGUGCCUGUGACGUCUGUGACUCAGCCCUCCACGAGCACCGCCAAGGGCCAAGAGCGGGAGCAGGAGGACAGGGACUGCCGGGAGGGCCUGUACCGGAAGAGGAAGAAACGCCCCCAGCCCAAGGCCCUGUUCAUCUCACCACCACCUGCGGCCCCCUCUUCGUCCUCGGACCCUGGGCAGGGCGGCUGCCACCAGAGCUGCCUGCGCUCGCCAGUCUUCCUGGUGGACCGGCUGCUGAAGGGGCUGUUCAGGUGCUCCCCCUUCACGCCGCCCCCCAUGCUCAGCCCCAUCCGUGAGGGUUCGAGGCUCUAUUUCAACGUGCUCUGUUCGGUGUCUACCCAUGUGGGGCCCGGCAAGCUCCCCAGCAGCACAUUGGAUCAAGCGGACAGCGGCAUUAGUGUCUGUGUGCUAAGGGACGACACCAAGAUCAGCAUCGAGCCGCACAUCAACAUCGGCAGCCGGUUCCAGGCUGAGGUGCCUGAGCUGCGGGAGCCAGGGCUGGCCAGGGCGGAGCAGCGUGGCGCUUCCCUGGUCUGGAAGCCCUGGGGAGAUGUGACAAGUAACCCCAAGACGCAGGACCGAGUGGCCGAGCUCUGCAACGUGGCCUGCUCGAGCGUGAUGCCAGGCGGUGGCACCAACCUGGAGCUGGCGCUGCAUUGUCUACAUGAGGCCCAGGGCAACGUGCAGGUGGCUCUAGAAACACUCCUGCUCUCUGGACCCCAGAAGCUGCGGCCACACCCCCUCUCUGACUACCGCUACACAGGUUCUGACAUCUGGACCCCCAUGGAAAAGAGGCUCUUCAAGAAGGCGUUCUGCGCCCACAAGAAAGACUUUAACCUGAUACACAAAAUGAUCCAGACCAAGACUGUUGCCCAGUGCGUGGAAUAUUAUUACAUCUGGAAGAAGAUGAUCAGGUUUGACUGCGGCCGAAUACCUGGGCUGGAGAAGCGAGUCAAGAGGGAGGCCGACGAGAUGGAAAGGACAGAGACCAAGGUCAUCUGUAGCCCUCGGGAGCGGCCCGGCCACCGCCCUACUCCAGAGUUGAAGAUCAAGACCAAGAGCUACCGGCGAGACUCCAUCCUUGACUCGAGCCCCAACACCGGCCCCAAGCGCACCCCUGAACCCCCUGGGAGUGUGGGGGCCCAGGGUGUGUUCCCCUGCCGAGAGUGUGAAAGAGUGUUCGACAAGAUCAAGAGCCGGAAUGCGCACAUGAAACGCCACCGCCUGCAGGACCAUGUGGAGCCCGUGGUGCGCGUCAAGUGGCCGGUGAAGCCUUUUCAGCUGAAGGAGGACGAGGAGGAGGAGGAAGAGCUGGGGGCAGACAUGGGGCCCCUGCAGUGGUGACAUGCGGGGGGGGGGCAGGCAUUCCCUCCGCCUCUCCCCUGCCCCACAUGGCUCACUCAGCCCUCAGGGCCAGUGAGCACCAUAAUGGGGAGCCCCACGAGUCCCCAAGGGGCCAGGGCUGGGA